GGAGGAAAACGUCAGCUAGAGCCCUGGAGAAGAGGAUGUGACUUGUAGUCUCCUACAGCUGAAUUAGGAAUAUGAGUCUAUUUUUCCCACAAAAAAACCCCUUGGGAUUGCAGAAGAUGAUGUUCCUGACGCAUCCUCCAGACCCAAUUCCAUCUCCUGGCCUCCCUGGCUCUGUCUCCAGCACUCCCGUCCUCCAGAUCACAGAAGUCACAAACCCUAGACACUCAGGUCUUGUCCUUCACACUUGAUGUAUGCAUGCAUGGGCUCACCAGUCCUGGUCUUUCUGCCUCUACACACACUUGCACAACCCUGAUAGUGAGUGCCUCACUCGCCUCACCCUAGUCCUGGCUCUGCCACAGCCCCAGCUCCAUCUGUCCCAUCAGCGAUCAGACUGACAUAUUUGUAUAGCUCUGUUGUUGCUUGAGCAGGGCCGGGCUACUCCCCCUCUUCCCUGGGAAGUGCCCUCUCCUCCUUUUAGGGUCAGCGCUUCAGCUUAUGUUCCAGGUUCUCAGCUUGGCUCUGAGGUUCCUACAGACAAGGCCAGGAAGCGCUCGUGGCGUGGCUCAGCAUGGAGCCAGACACAGCUGAGCUGAGCUGUGGAGUUCCGAGAAGGGGGAAUUUGAAAAGGAGCGCUCUUCAAGCCUUCUUGGGAGCCAGAGAGGAGGAAGUUGUCACGGAUAUAUAGAGCCGGGCACGCCAGCUCCUGACACAUGCAUCACGACCAUGAGACAGAACUGGACACCAGACCUCAGCCCUUUGCGGGCCCUGCUCCUGUGCAUCCACAUUGUCUCCUACCUGGUCAGAGCUAUACCUAUACUUCAAGCUACCACAGCUACCACUGCCUUAGCUGCGAUCACAAAGGAUCCCUGCCCCUUCCAGCCACCAACGCUCCCAACAGCUAAGCGGUGCCCAGCAUUGGAGGUGACCUGGCCAGAAGUGGAAGUCCCACUGAAUGGAACGCUGACCUUGUCCUGUACUGCCUGCAGCCGCUUCCACUUCAGUAUCCUCUACUGGCUGGGCAAUGGUUCCUUCAUUGAACACCUCCCAGGCCGGCUGCGGGAGGGCAGCACCAGCCGGGAGCGCAGGGGCACAAGCACCCAGCUGCGGAGGACCUUGGUGCUGGAGGAGCUGAGCCCCGCCCUGCGCAGCACCAGCUUCUCCUGUGUUUUCGUGGAUCCUGAGCAGACUGCCCAGUGUCAUGUUGUCCUGGCCCAGUUCUGGGCUGGGCUGAGGACAGUGAUGCCCCCCACUCAAGAAGCCCCGCCCUCCACUGGGUCCCAUCUGCCUCACCAUCCUGACAGGUGAACUUGGAAGCCUGGUUGAAACGCCACCUGUUCGUCAAGGUCUAUGCACUCUCAGCUCAGGCCACAUUCUGCAUUGAUUUAAUGUUGUAUUCGUAUUUUUUUUUUCCUCUAAUGGACUG